AUGGCGGUGGCCGAUUUCAGUGGUGGUGGUAGUUGGAGAGAGAUGGGAAGCUUUACCCUCCACGUCGUUACCGGUCGGUGGUUCAUGAUCUUUGCUUCGCUGCUGAUCAUGUCCGCCGCCGGUGCAACCUACAUGUUCGGUCUCUACUCCAGCGACAUCAAAUCAUCACUGGGUUACGACCAAACCACCCUGAAUCUCCUAAGCUUCUUCAAAGACUUGGGUGGCAACGUCGGAAUCAUAUCGGGACUCAUAAACGAGGUCACACCCCCAUGGGUGGUUCUCUCCAUGGGUGCCGCCAUGAACUUCUUCGGCUACUUCAUGAUAUGGCUCGCCGUGACCGGAAAAAUCUCCAAACCCCAUGGUUUUGUUGGCCUCAGUGGUGCUAUAAUCACACAGAUAUACCAUGCUUUAUAUGGACACAAUUCUAAGUCUCUGAUCUUACUCAUUGGUUGGCUUCCGGCGGCGAUUUCGUUCAUUUUUCUGAGAAUAAUUCGUAUCAUGAAGGUUGUUCGACAAGUGAAUGAGGUCCAGGUCUUCUAUAAUCUUCUCUAUAUCUCUCUUGGUCUUGCUGGUUUUCUUAUGGUCAUCAUUAUCUUACAAAAUAGGCUCACCUUUAAUUGGAUUGAGUACGCCGGAAGUGCUACAGUUGUAGUUAUUCUCCUAUUUGCUCCGGUGGCUGUUGUUAUCAGAGAAGAGUUCAGCCUUUGGAAAGUAAAAAAACAAGUGGUGGAUGAUCCUUCUCCAUUGAAAGUAGUGACUGAAAAUAUACCGGCAAUUGAAUUAGCACCGCCGCGAACACAUUCAGAGCCACCUCCGCCGGCUUCCGGGUCUCCAAUAAAUCGAGAAGAGCCGGUUUCAUGCAUGACCAACGUGUUCAAUCCGCCGGAAAGAGGUGAGGAUUAUACCAUUUUGCAAGCACUUUUUAGCGUCGACAUGUUGAUUCUGUUCGCCGCAACAACUUUUGGCGUGGGCGGGACAUUGACGGCAAUUGAUAAUUUGGGUCAGAUUGGUAAGUCUUUAGGGUAUCCAAAUGCAAGCACAAGCACAUUUAUAUCCCUGGUGAGCAUAUGGAAUUAUCUCGGCCGAGUAGUAUCCGGCUUCGGUUCUGAAAUCUUCUUGGCAAAGUACAAACUCCCACGUCCCCUAAUGCUAACAUUUGUGCUUCUUUUCUCAUGUGUUGGGCAUCUUCUUAUAGCCUUUGGCAUACCCAAUUCUCUCUAUAUCUCUUCUGUGAUUAUGGGGUUCUGUUUUGGAGCUCAAUGGCCAUUAAUUUUCGCAAUCAUUUCAGAACUAUUUGGCCUUAAAUACUACUCCACAUUGUACAACUUUGGUGCCGGAGCAAGCCCUGUUGGGGCUUAUCUUCUCAAUGUUAGAGUGGCUGGUCAUCUCUAUGACAAAGAGGCUUUAAAGCAAAUGGCGGCAAAGGGGCUUCUCCGGAAAGCCGGAGAGGACUUGACGUGCACCGGAGUUGAGUGUUACAAACUGGCUUUUCUGAUAAUCACGGGGGCUACACUGGCCGGGUGUAUGGUUUCGUUUAUUUUGGUUCUUAGGACUAGAAAAUUUUACGAAGGGGAUAUAUACAAGAAGUUUAGAGAGCAGGCCAAGGCGGAAGACACCAUCACCACCACCGCUGCUGCCCCCUCCACCACCACAAACAACGAGCUUUAGUGAAUGGAUGGGUGCAAACAAUGGAUAUUGAAUUCCUUCAAAAUCCUCUUGUUAAUGAGUCAUGAUAAUGGUGAAAAUUUUAUGUUAUUUCUAUAGUUACUAGACUACUAGUAAGUGUGGUGAUGCAAAUAAUUAGAAAUUAGAUUGAAAUUAGUUUUUAUUUUUCAGCUCUAGCUAAAGGAC